AUGUCAUCAAGAAAAAGUUUAAAAAAAUUACAUAAUCACGUUAUUAUUGCAAUGUUAAUAAUUAAUUUUAUAAUUACUUCAACGGAAUUACCAAUUACACUCUCAUUUCUUCACCAUGGAAUAGUUUUUCCCGCAACUGAUGGCUUCUGUAAAUUUUGGACAUUUUAUAAUUUCUCAUUACAAGUAACAAGUGAAUUCUUAAUGACAUUUGCAUCAAUUGAACGACAUUUGCUGGUAUUUCAUCUACAUUUAGUUAAUGGUACACGUUUAAGACGUAUCAUACUUCAUUACAUACCGUUAAUAUUUUGUCUUUCAUACGUAUGGAUCUUUUAUUUUUCUACAAUCAUUGUCUAUCCAUACUGUAAGAAUUCAUUUAGUUAUACGGUAAUGCUAUGUGGUUUACCGUGUUUUGAAUUUACAAUACCCUUGGGAACAUACGAUUGGUUUGCCGAUAAUUUAACAACAGCCGCACUAACAGCUUUGUUUAGUUUACUGUUACUCCUACGUUUUGUUCUACAACAACGACGUAUGAAACGUACAUUUAAAUGGCAUAGAAAUCGUAAAAUUGUUUUACAACUGAUAACAAUAGCUACACUUUAUACAAUUUUUUGGACACCACUAUCAAUUGUAGCUCUAAUACAGAUUAUAUGGAUACCAACAUUUUUACAAGACUUUCAAACGGAAUAUUUAUACUAUUUUCCCUACGUAGUAUUAAUACUUCGACAAGAAUGCAAGUGUGAUGGAAACAGUGGUGUUGGUGGUCAACAAGUUACAAGUGCGAAAACAGCUGAUAAACGUGUAACUCGAAUAACCAGAGCACAAAUAUUACCAAUGAAUACGAUAAAAAUAUUCAAUCAAGCUAGAUAUUUACUGAAUGUUGUUUCUCGAUACAGCGACAUUACCGCGAACGACAUUACCGCAAGACAAUACCGCGAACGACAUUACCGCAAGACAUUACCGCGAACGACAAUACCGCGAACGACAUUACCGCGAACGACAAUACCGCGAACGACAUUACCGCCAACGCCAAUACAGCGAGCGCGAGUACCACCCUAA